AUGCCCGUGUCUUCGUUGAACUACUGCCACGGCAGAAAGCUGAAACCAUCUUUGAAAAUUGCAAAAACAACUUCAAUUUCUUCGUUUAUUUCUUCUGCGCCAUCGAACUCGUUUUCCCCCGUGGAGGACACAGCAUCUGCUUCUUCAUCUGCAUCAUCUUCAUCGUCUGGAAAAUCAGUAAGGUUUGCUACACAUUUAUAUACGGUCAAAAAGUUCAAUACUAAAUUAGCGCCCAUCUCAAUAUCAGAAAGAGCCAGCAAUUUGCCAGCUAAAUACAUCACUUCUCAACUCUCGAAAAGCACGCAUAGCAGUUAUGUUCCAUUGAUUUUUCCUGUUAUCAAUAGUGAGGACCACCCCUACAGUUUAGACAUUUUGGAUUAUAGUGACCUGGAGUACGACGACAAGGAUGAUGAAUACGACAAUGAAAGUGAUGUAGAGGAGGGUGCAAAGCUUGUCCUUGAUCGCAACCUUCUUAAUAAGAAGGAAGAUCCGUGCCUGGGUGAAGAGAAUAAAUUUGACAUUGUUGAUUGGAAACUCAUCAAUAGUAAUUUGCACCCAUUCAAGAGUAAUGGUGCUGUGAAUUUAGCAGAGUUGGAAUCUAGAAUAUUUUCUUACUUGAACGGUCAAAACAUCAAAGUUCACUCAUUAGAAUUAUCCAGUCCUGUAAGUCACGAAGAUUUUUGCCACAAUAAUUUUGGUAGCUGCCAAUUUUCGGGACUUGUAUUUGUCAAUAAUUUAAAUUUCGAAAAAAACAUCGAGAUCAAAUUCACUUUAAGUAACUGGUCAGAUAUACAUUACAUCAACGCACGUUUCAACAAGUCAAUUACUUCGAAAAUUGACGAAUUUAGAUUUGUUAUUGAUUUUUCUGCGUUGAAAUUAAAUUUAGUUUCAAAAAACCUAAUUUUCGCUAAUUCGAAUGAAAAAAGAACCGAUUGUAUUUUAAAUUUGCAAUUCUGUUGCCGCUAUGAUGUUAAUUAUUUGAGCAGUAAGACAUUUUACGAUAAUAAUGACUAUAGAAACUAUGAGGUAACGAUUUCUUUGUCCACAAUAAUCAAUCUCAAUCGCGGAGUUUCAAAAUUUCCAAAACAUGAAUCCAAACAUGCCUCGCUCCUGCUAACAGACUGCAGUGCUGGUGUUCAUAUAUUGAAAAACAACGAUAAUGUAAAAAAACCAUUAAGAAAAUUUAACGAUGAUACGGAUUAUUUUAACGACUCACCGUUGAAGCACAAGUUUCAUCAUUCGUUCGGGAGGGAAGCUGCCUACCAACAGGAAGGCACUCCACCAACUACAAGAUUAGAAACGAAUGACAGUGAAAUAAAACCCUUUGGCAACUUGGUCGAGGCCUCAACCUCUGAUGCAGAUGAGGAUAUAGUUGAUGGCUCCUAUGAUUUAUCUUUACAAGACUUUAACUACUGGGAAUUUACGAACCAUGGGCUUGGAAAGGCGUUAGCCGACUCAGAUAUUUUACAGUUUAAAAACUACUCGAAACCCGAAGCCUUUAGUAGGUACCCUUUAAUAGACAACUCAUUCACAUUAAGAGCAGGAGAUGGCACCUUACGUUUAACAGCACAAGAACUUGAAGACAGCUCGAGCGACGGAAGGAAGAGUACUGUGACAAGUACUACAUUAAAUGCGAUGCAACAAUAUAGUGAUGAAUUCAGAGCCUCCUUAAGUUAUACAAAUCAUCGGAAUGACUCUACUGAUACCUUGAUGAAAACAAACAACAGACCACCUAUAGAAUCAACUUCUCCUUCACAAUUAUCCGUAUCGACAAUAAAGGUGAAAGAAAGCACACCGCCCCAAGAAAACACCAUGGCUGUUAGGAUACGCUCAUCUCCAGCGUUUUCGCCUGUGGAUAAUAUGCCCCCACCACCAUUUUUCUCAGGUGAUAAUAUGAGUGAUAGCUCUGGGGAAUAUGAAGACACAAUAUCCCUUAACUCAAAAGAAAUUCAUUUACUUCGUGAUUGUUUUUCAAAGUCAGCAUCGCCAUCUCCAUCGCCAUCUCCCAUAUUCUUAUAA